GAAGUUACCUGCCCGGCGGCGGCGGCAGCGGCGGCGGCGGGACCGAGAGGCGGCGGUGGAGCAGGCUGCGCGCUCGGCGCCGACGGGUGCGCGCCGCGGCUUGGGGGAGAGUUGAGCGCUUUUCCCCCCUCUUUUUUUUUUUUUUUUUUUUUUCCCUCUUCUUCUUAAACAAACCACAAACGGAUGUGAGGGAAGGAAGGUGUUUCUUUUACUCCUGAGCCCAGACACCUCACUGUGUUCCGUCUAAGCUUGUUUUGCUGAACACUUUUUUUAAAAAAGGAAAAAGAAAAGGAGUUGCUUGAUGUGAGAGUGAAAUGGACGUAAGAUUUUAUCCACCUCCAGCCCAGCCCGCCGCUGCGCCCGACGCUCCCUGUCUGGGACCUUCUCCCUGCCUGGACCCCUACUAUUGCAAUAAGUUUGACGGUGAGAACAUGUAUAUGAGCAUGACAGAGCCGAGCCAGGACUAUGUGCCAGCCAGCCAGUCCUACCCUGGUCCAAGCCUGGAAAGUGAAGACUUCAACAUUCCACCAAUUACUCCUCCUUCCCUCCCAGACCACUCGCUGGUGCACCUGAAUGAAGUUGAGUCUGGUUACCAUUCUCUGUGUCACCCCAUGAACCAUAAUGGCCUGCUACCAUUUCAUCCACAAAACAUGGACCUCCCUGAAAUCACAGUCUCCAAUAUGCUGGGCCAGGAUGGAACACUGCUUUCCAAUUCCAUUUCUGUGAUGCCAGAUAUACGAAACCCAGAAGGAACUCAGUACAGUUCCCAUCCUCAGAUGGCAGCCAUGAGACCAAGGGGCCAGCCUGCAGACAUCAGGCAGCAGCCAGGAAUGAUGCCACAUGGCCAGCUGACUACCAUUAACCAGUCACAGCUAAGUGCUCAACUUGGUUUGAAUAUGGGAGGAAGCAAUGUUCCCCACAACUCACCAUCUCCGCCUGGAAGCAAGUCUGCAACUCCUUCACCAUCCAGUUCAGUGCAUGAAGAUGAAGGCGAUGAUACCUCUAAGAUCAAUGGUGGAGAGAAGCGGCCUGCCUCUGAUAUGGGGAAAAAACCAAAAACUCCCAAAAAGAAGAAGAAGAAGGAUCCCAAUGAGCCCCAGAAGCCUGUGUCUGCCUAUGCGUUAUUCUUUCGUGAUACUCAGGCUGCCAUCAAGGGCCAAAAUCCAAACGCUACCUUUGGCGAAGUCUCUAAAAUUGUGGCUUCAAUGUGGGAUGGUUUAGGAGAAGAGCAGAAACAGGUCUAUAAAAAGAAAACCGAGGCUGCGAAGAAGGAGUACCUGAAGCAACUCGCAGCAUACAGAGCCAGCCUUGUAUCCAAGAGCUACAGUGAACCGGUUGACGUGAAGACAUCUCAACCUCCUCAGCUGAUCAAUUCGAAGCCGUCCGUGUUCCAUGGGCCCAGCCAGGCCCACUCGGCCCUGUACCUAAGUUCCCACUAUCACCAACAACCGGGAAUGAAUCCUCACCUAACCGCCAUGCAUCCUAGUCUCCCCAGGAACAUAGCCCCCAAGCCGAAUAACCAAAUGCCAGUGACUGUCUCUAUAGCAAACAUGGCUGUGUCCCCUCCUCCUCCCCUCCAGAUCAGCCCGCCUCUUCACCAGCAUCUCAACAUGCAGCAGCACCAGCCGCUCACCAUGCAGCAGCCCCUUGGGAACCAGCUCCCCAUGCAGGUCCAGUCUGCCUUACACUCACCCACCAUGCAGCAAGGAUUUACUCUUCAACCCGACUAUCAGACUAUUAUCAAUCCUACAUCUACAGCUGCACAAGUUGUCACCCAGGCAAUGGAGUAUGUGCGUUCGGGGUGCAGAAAUCCUCCCCCACAGCCGGUGGACUGGAGUAACGACUACUGCAGUAGUGGGGGCAUGCAGAGGGACAAAGCACUGUACCUUACUUGAGAAUCUGAACACCUCUUCUUUCCACUGAGGAAUUCAGGGAAGUGUUUUCACCAUGGAUUGCUUUGUACAGUCAAGGCAGUUCUCCAUUUUAUUAGAAAAUACAAGUUGCUAAGCACUUAGGACCAUUUGAGCUUGUGGGUCACCCACUCUGGAAGAAAUAGUCAUGCUUCUUUAUUAUUUUUUUAAUCCUUUAUGGACAUUGUUUUUCUUCUUCCCUGAAGGAAAUUUGGACCAUUCAGAUUUUAUGUUGGUUUUUUGCUGUGAAGUGCUGCGCUCUAGUAACUGCCUUAGCAACUGUAGAUGUCUCGGAUAAAAGUCCUGGAUUUUCCAUUGGUUUUCAUAAUGGGUGUUUAUAUGAAACUACUAAAGACUUUUUAAAUGGCUUGAUGUAGCAGUCAUAGCAAGUUUGUAAAUAGCAUCUAUGUUACACUCUCCUAGAGUAUAAAAUGUGAAUGUUUUUGUAGCUAAAUUGUAAUUGAAACUGGCUCAUUCCAGUUUAUUGAUUUCACAAUAGGGGUUAAAUUGGCAAACAUUCAUAUUUUUACUUCAUUUUUAAAACAACUGACUAAUAGUUCUAUAUUUUCAAAAUAUUUGAAAAUAAAAAGUAUUCCCAAGUGAUUUUAAUUUAAAAACAAAUUGGCUUUGUCUCAUUGAUCAGACAAAAAGAAACUAGUAUUAAGGGAAGCGCAAACACAUUUAUUUUGUACUGCAGAAAAAUUGCUUUUUUGUAUCACUUUUUGUGUAAUGGUUAGUAAAUGUCAUUUAAGUCCUUUUAUGUAUAAAACUGCCAAAUGCUUACCUGGUAUUUUAUUAGAUGCAGAAACAGAUUGGAAACAGCUAAAUUAUAACCUUUACAUAUGGCUCUGUCUUAUUGUUUCUUCAUACUGUGUCUGUAUUUAAUCUUUUUUUAUGGAACCUGUUGCGCCUAUUUAUGAAAUAAUAAAUAUAGGUGUUUGUAAGUAAAUUUGUUAGUAUUUGAAAGAGGUUUCUUUGAUGUUUUAACUUUUGCUGGCAAAAAAAAAAAAAAAUUCACGCUUGGUGUGAAUACUUUAUUAUUUAGUUUUUACAGUAACAUGAAUAAAGCCAAACCUGCUUUUCAUUUAGCAGCAAAUUAAAG